CAUUUGUUAUAUAAAUGUGUUUAAACCAUUUUUUAUUGUUUUAAAUAAUAUAACUAUUACGAAUUAGUAGUUAAAUGAAGAAUGGAAUUUAAAAAUAAUAUUAAAUACAAUUCAUCAUAUAAUAAUUUAGAAAAUAUAUGGGGAGUAGAGGCCGGCAGUAUUAUCGUCUACCACUCUCAUACUUCUGUAUAAAAUGAGAAGUGGCGUCCUUGUGGUCUAACCCUUCAGAAAAUGGUGCCAGGUUUCUGUGAGAAACAGAAGAGAGAAAACAAAUCUAUGCGGCUCCUUCCUUAAUCAAAAGUGCUGCGAGCUUAUGGAAGGAUGCCAUGAGAGAAAAGCUGCAAUUGACUUUGGCUUUUUUAGAGGAAGGUGAAGAUGGAAGCUAAAAAGAAGAUCUAAGGUUGUGCGUCACAGGCUUUUAAGAACAUACUUUCCAUGCUGACCUCUUUUUGAUUACAUCCCAUUGAAAGUGACUUUUAGUAUCGCCUCAUGACUGGUGCUAAAACUAGAGUGUGGAACUUUAUUGAAGUCAGUUUGUGGUGGUAAAUACCUGCUCUUUAUAAAUGUUGAUCUUUUCCAGGUGAGCAUUAUUUCUUUGCAUAAUAAUUCCUUGGACUGAAGGCUCGCUUCAGUUUUAGUGGGCCGGCCCUGAUGUUAGCCGGCUGGUUGGCUGCUGGACCAGCGGACAGUGCAGCAGCAGGACACACACACACACACACACACACACCAUGUCUGCACGCUUCACUAUUAAUACUGCAGCCACGCACUGCUCUCUCUCUGCAUGAACUGGACGCUGGAGGACAAAGGCGGAUUAAACGCCCAAAUUUAACAUACCCCCUCCUCGUCCUUUUCCUCUGGGAUGGAUUGAUGAGGAGCGAUAAAGCACGCGCCAGAGAAGGAAAGUGGGGGGACUGCAGUACAAGCAGGGUCUGGAUGAAUAACCAUGGCAACAGCAGCAGCAGCAGCAGCAGUGGCGGCGACAGUGCAAGCGGACAUAUAAACAUUGCACAGGAGCACAUCCAUCUGCAUCUACUCACUGGAUCAUCUCACUUCCUGGAUCACUGCUAAGGGAGGUGAUGAGUCGGACCACAUCAUGUCUGAAGUACAGGGCACACUGGAGUUUUCCGUAGAGUUGCACAAGUUUCACAAUGUGGAUCUUUUCCAAAGAGGGUUCUACCAGGUGCGAACAGGAUUAAAGGUCUCCCCCCGGGUGCCCCACAGGGUGAUAGUGACCACUCAAGAUAAUGCAGGAGGCGGAUGCAGCUUCAGCUCCCCGGGCGUUUACGACGGCACGGCGUUCAGCCGGAUAUUUCAGAUCCUCUACAGAAACGAGGACAUCACGGUGAACGACUGCGUGGUCUUCAAAGUGCACCUGCUAUUGGACGGAGACAGGGUAGAGGAGGCCCUCAGCGAGGUGGACUUUCAGUUGAAGCUGGAUCUUCACUUCACUGACAACGAGCAACAGCUGGCAGACAUGGUGGCCGUCCCGUUGAUCAGCAGUCGCACCCUCAACCUCCACUUCCACCCGCAGCGAGGCCUGCACCAUCAUGUUCCUGUCAUGUUUGACUACUUCCACCUGUCCGUCGUUUCCGUUUCCAUCCACGCCUCACUGGUUGCCUUACAUCAGCCGCUAAUCAGCUUUGCUCGCACAGGAAAGGGGUCCUGGCUGGGAAAAGGGUCAGCAGAGAGCACCAAUGAUCCAUCUGCAGUCUCAGUGGAGAACCUUGUGUUUGGAGCAGGGUACUGCAAGCCCAUCAUCUCGGAGGGGAGUUUUUAUGUGCCCAGCGAGGACUGCCUGCAGAGAGCUCACGUGUGGCAUCGAAGGCUCUGCCGCCUCCUGCUGGCCGCCCGCGGUGCUGUGAGAAGAUACUACACUGCUCUGAUGAAGGAGGUCCCUCAGCUGGAGCACAUGUCAGACGACACAGAAGUCCUGCCUAUUGAAGAAACCCUCAAUCAACUCACAAUCGAGUUACAGCUGCAGGACAGCCCAGAGAAGGUGGCGGAGCAGAUCAGCAGAGAUGUUGCCCACCUGUGCUCACAGUUGGCCGUUUUCUGGAGUUUCUUCCUGGAGAAAGUUGUGUUCAAUCCUCACAUCCUCUCUUAUUUGGCCCAGGAACAUCACACACUCAGGGUGAGGAGAUUUUCUGAGGCGUAUUUCUUCACCGCACAUCCCAAAGAAACGUCUCUAACCUUCCAAGAGGAGCUCAUCAGCAGACAAGGUGAAGUAGCAGCAGAAGUGCGAGGCUCCGACUACCUGGCCAAGUUGCCUCCUCUGCCUGUGGAGUGUUUGGACAUCGAUGGCGACUGCGGCAGCCUGCCCAUCAUCUUUGAGGACCGAUACGUGGACUCUACUCAAGCAGAAGUCGUCGUGGCGACGUGCGAGGACCAGACUCUGUGGGAUCCUGCAGCCAUGAGGAGUCCGGAGAGGGAGAGAGAGGCGUGUCCUGAAGACGACUGCAUGGACCUGACCACUUACGUGUCGCUCAUGGCCCAGCAGAGCGCAGCUUGUCAGGAAGUGUCAGUCACAGACUCAGAGGACAGCUGUGGUCCUCAGGCUCUCAGACAUUCUUGCAGAAGUGGAGACAAGAAGAAGAUGGCUGACCAGGAGGUGAGCGUCAGCCUAAGGAGCGAGGACGAGGAGUCUUUGGUGUUGAACCACGACAGUGAGGCAGGAAGUGUUCCUCUGGUCUGUCACCUUUCAGUCCUAUCUUCCUCCCCUGGUGCUCUCAGGAAGGAGCGAGGAGGUUCUGUCCUCUCCAAGAUAAUCAAGCGCUCCUCCUCGCUCAUAUCGGACUCGGGCAUCGAGAGCGAGCCCAGCUCGGUGGCCCUGCCGGCUCGUGAGCGGGAGAUCCCCAGACACAAAGUCCUUCGGCGGCCGGUCCACCGUAGCUCCUUGGAAGGCCUGCAGCUGGACGGCAACAUCCAAGCGUCUUUGACGUCCAUCAGCUCGCUGCCUUACGAGGACGAGCGGGGUCAAGGCGGCAAGCUGACCAAGUCCAUGUCGGCGCCGCAGAUCAGCAGCCCGGACGACGAGGACCAGGAUGUCCAAGUUCUACAACAACCGGAAGACUUCUCUUUGCACUCGGACAAAUCUCCGUCAUCCAGUUCAAUGACAAACUGGGGCAGUCGUCAAGGCAACAAAGACAGUCGGGGGUCCACGGAGGACCUCCGUCUUCCUCCUGACGACGACCUCGGCGUCUCGGUGGAGCAGAUCCGUCUCAGCGCCGGCAAGGAAAAUGUCCUUCAGAGAACACAGCCAGGCCGCAGCAACAACUCCGGCCUGGCCUUCGUCAACAAGAAGAUGGUGGAGGUGGUCAACAUGUCCUGCGCCCCAACAUGUCUGCCCUUCUCCUCCGCCCUCAGGGACUCGCCCUCCAUCAGCGGCCUGUCCACUCGCCACACCGCCUCGCCCAUUACCCAUCAGCCACUGGGCUCCUUUGGCAUCGUCUCAACCUUCGCGAGCCACCUGGGAAUGGACGACGGAAGCAACGAACGCAUGAUCAGGUGACACUUGACAUAUUAAUAAUCACAUGAAAAUAUUACAAACUUGUCAUAUUUGGCUGCCUUAUUUGGCUAAUAGUAAAACACUUUAUGCAAAGUUAUAUUGAUAGAAGUCUAUUAUUAGGGACCGAGUCCCUUUGG